AUGUCAUUCAUUACAGAAAAAAAAGUUGAAAUAUGGCACAAUGUACUCAGAGCAGCAAGACAAGCCCACAACACUGCAGAGGAAAUAUGUAAAGAGGCAAUUAUAAUAGCUAUGUCUAAGUCCCGCAAGUCCUUCAUUGCUGAAUUUGCUAAACCUUACUGCAGAGGAAUGUCAGAGAAAAGUUGGGAAGGUCUUGUUGGAAAAACAGCUGAAACGUUACUCGCAGUCAUCGAGACAGUGGGCCAAAAUAUUGGAAAGUUAAAACUGGUAAAUGGAAGAUGUUAAUAGCCUUGCAUGAAUAUUACAUAGUUGAUUUAUAGGAGACAAAUCGAAAUUAGCAAGUUACAGCGGUAAUUAUACCUGUAGUACCAUUCUUACAAUGUCAAAAUAACAAAGCUGAUAAUGCAGCAUCUAAAUCACCGACAUAGCACGUUGUAAAAAUAUAGAUAAAUAGUAAAAUAUAUAAGUCAAGAGUAUGAAAAACAUAGAGACUACUAUGCAGUAUUACACUCUUGUAGUUUUCUUUUGUUUACUUGUGACCACUUAGCACUGAUACCAUUGUUGUUGCACGGGUUAAAACCACUCUAAGGAACGUAGCAAUUCAUAUCAAAAUAAUACUGUCAAUAGUCAGAGUUGAUAUAAUAACAUUGUAUUACUCUGUUAAUUUGCAGGUUCCUCGAAAGGUAAAUGCACAGAAGUAACAAGUAAAGCACUUCCUUAAGCCUAUUCUUUUGCAAAACACAAUGAUCACAUCACCAACAUUCUACCUUACCCUUAAAAAAUCUGCGAUUUCAAAGAUUGUACUUUAA